AUGAUAUCACGACCUGGGGUGGUUGAUUUGACGCGGCCGUCGAACUUCCAACCACAUACUGGGGCCAAGAGAUUGGUGAUCAAGAACCUCAGAACCACAUCUCGGAAGGAUAUCGAUGAAUACUACGAGAGGACCUGGGCCGACCUCGAUGCGGCGCUGACAUCCAACUUCAAUAGAGAGCAACCUGCAACACCUUUGGAAGUCUUAUGUCGUGGAGUAGAAGCAAUAUGCCGGCGGGGCAGGGCGGAACAGCUUGCCACGCAUGUCAAAGAACGUAGCAAAGCGUAUCUUGAGAAGCAACUCCGGCCAAUGAUCGAGAAAGAGGCAGGAUCAAGCAAUGUGGACACACUCCGAACCGUCUACAAAUACUGGACGAUAUGGAACGAACAAUCAAUAAUUAUGCGCUCCAUCUUCUGCUACCUCGAUCGAUCAUACCUCCUUACCUCGAAAGACUCCCUCCAAUUAGAAGACCUAGGAAUCGCGCAAUUUCGACAUACAGUUUUCCAAAAGAGCAAAGCAAAGGGAGGCAAAUCAUUGGGUUCACAGGUGGUGGCAGGCAUGUGUGACCUUGUCGAAUAUGACCGGACAGGCCAGGAAGAUCUUUUUGAUGCCAGCCUGCUUCGAGAUUCCAUAGCGAUGCUACAUAUAUUUGGGAUUUAUGGCAAAUCGUUUGAGCCUUUAUUCCUGGAUUUAUCCAACGAAUACUUCGAGAAUUUUGCGCGUGAGCGGGCGAAUUCGUCCAUGAAGGAUUACAUAACUUCUUGCGACAAGUUGCUGGACAGAGAAGGUCUCCGCUGCGACACGUACAAUUUUGAUAGCACUACUAAGAGGAGUCUUCUGGACAAAGCAUACUACAGUCUCAUAGAACAACGUUCAGACGUUCUUCUCAAUGCAGAAGGUCUUUCCAAACUUAUCGAUAACGGCAUGAUGUCCUCAUUGAAGGCAUUAUACGGUCUGCUCAGCCUUUCGAAGAUUCAAGAGAAACUUAAGACGCCUUGGGAAAGCUAUAUCAAGAAUGAGGGGUCUAGAAUAGUUAGAGAUAAAGAGAGGGGUGAGGAUAUGGUCAUUCGAUUGCUUGAAUUAAAGAGGAGUCUGGAGUUGAUAAUUCGGGACGCGUUCGACAAGGAUGAGGCCUUUACCUAUACUCUGAGGGAGGCUUUCAGCAGCUUCAUCAACGACCGGAAGAACACAGCGGCAUGGGGCACGAGUAAUUCAAAGGUCGGAGAAAUGAUUGCAAAAUACAUUGAUGCACUGCUCCGCGGUGGCUUGAAAGCCGUACCCCGCUCCUUGGUAUUUGACGCGAAGGAUCGAGAUGCAGCUGAGAAGCAAGGGCAAGGAAGCACUGGUGACGAAGAUGCUGAACUCGACCGGCAGCUGGAACAAGGUCUCGAGCUCUUCCGUUUCAUCGAAGGGAAAGAUGUCUUUGAAGCCUUCUACAAGAAGGAUCUUGCGCGACGGCUCUUGAUGGCUCGCAGUGCAAGCCAAGAUGCCGAACGGAACAUGCUGGCCAAAUUGAAGGCCGAGUGUGGAUUCAGCUUCACGCACAACCUGGAACAGAUGUUCAAAGACCAAGAGCUUGCCCGAGAUGAGAUGGCGGCGUACAAGCAAUCGCUCGGCAGUAGCAGCAAAACCGGUGUGGACCUUCAAGUCAGCGUCCUCUCUUCUGCAGCCUGGCCAACAUAUCCCGAUAUCGAGGUCAAACUCCCCGACGAAGUCGCCAAGCACAUUGAGAGAUACGACCGUCAUUACAAGCACAAGCAUUCCGGACGCAAGUUAUCAUGGAAGCACGCUCUCGCCCAUAGCGUCGUGCGAGCGCAAUUCAACAAAGGCACACGCGAACUCGUCGUGUCCGGCUUCCAAGCCAUCGUCCUCGUGCUCUUCAACAACAUCCCCGCCGACGGGAACCUCUCCUACACGGACAUCUCGGCCGCCACCGGCCUCGUCGACGCCGAGCUCCAGCGCACGCUGCAAUCGCUCGCAUGCGCCAAGUUCCGCGUCCUGACCAAGCACCCCAAGGGCCGGGACGUCAACGCGACCGAUACGUUCACCGUCAACGCGAACUUCUGGGAUCCGAAAUUCCGCAUCAAGAUCAACCAGAUCCAGCUGAAAGAGACCAAGGAGGAGAACCAGGAGACGCACGAGCGCGUCUACCAAGAUCGCCAGUACGAGACGCAGGCGGCUAUCGUGCGGAUCAUGAAAUCGAGAAAAUCUAUGACGCAUCAGAAUCUCGUCGCCGAGGUUAUUAAUGCGACGAAGGGUAGGGGCAUGGUGGAGUUGGGGGAGAUUAAGAAGAAUAUUGAGAAACUGAUCGAGAAAGAAUACAUCGAGCGUGAAGGCAGCUCUUAUGUUUACUUGGCCUAG